AUCUUAGCUUAUCAUCCAUCUCUCUAAAUUCACUCUAUUUUAUUCCAUCAUGUAGCUAGCAGACCUCACAUGGUCAUCAUAAGCAAGCAUAAAAAAACCCUAAUUCACUAUAAAUCUAUUGGUUCUUAUAGCCUACUUCCUAGCUCCUCUAUUACCCUAAAAAGUUUCUUAUCCAUCUUGUUCUUCACCCCCUUCUUUCUUUCUCUUCCAAGAAACAAAAGAUCAUCUAAUCACCCCCCCCCCCCUCCCCGCCAAAAAAAAGAAAGAAAAAAACACCCCCACCAAGAUCAAAACUAAUGGAACAUAACCAAGAAGUGGAUUCUCCAAACUCGGUCAUCAUUCACCAUCAUCAUCAUCACAAUCACAAUAACAAUACGAUGACGAUAGCAAGUAGUAAUAAUAAUAAUAAUAAUUACCUUGCUUCAUCGUCAUCGAAUUCUCCAACAACCCUAAGUCGAUACGAGAAUCAAAAACGUCGAGAUUGGAAUACGUUCGGUCAGUACCUAAGAAACCAUAGGCCACCACUCUCUCUUACUCGUUGUAGUGGGGCACACGUUCUUGAAUUCCUUCGAUACCUUGACCAGUUCGGAAAGACUAAGGUUCACACUCAACUAUGUCCAUUUUUCGGACAUCCUAAUCCGCCAGCUCCUUGCCCUUGUCCUUUACGCCAAGCUUGGGGCAGUCUCGAUGCACUCAUCGGACGGCUCCGAGCUGCUUAUGAAGAAAACGGUGGAAAACCCGAAACUAACCCUUUCGGUGCAAGGGCCGUUAGGCUUUACCUUCGCGAAGUUCGUGAUUCUCAAGCUAAAGCUAGGGGUAUAAGUUAUGAAAAAAAGAAACGCAAAAAACCGAAUCCUCAACAACAAUCGUCAUCGUCGUUGCCACCACCAACAGGAAAUUCAAGCUAAUAAUAAGAUUUGUUUUUAAAUGAACAAAUCUUAUUUACUAGCAUAUUUUUCAGUAUUGUAUGGUAUGUCUAUUUUCUAGUAGUUGUUUAAAAGAAAAUUGGAACCCUUUUUUCCCUAGUAUUACUAUUUAUGGGUAUUAAAACAUUGAUCUUGUUCAGUACUUUUUUUUAAAACUAAUUAUUAUGCAAAUGAUGACAACUUUAGAAGUGGUAGUGGUAUUAAUGGAAGUGGCAGUGAAAGUGGCUGUUAUUAAUUAAAAUAAAUACAUAACUAAUUAUUAAGAUCUAGGUGAAAUAUUUUUUGUGCUAUAGAUCUUUCUUUUUUUAUUUGUCAAAUUGGAUCAAUAGUGUUUUCCUUUUCCAGUGUGAUUCAGGUGCUCAAUCAUUUGAACGAGUCAUAU